UCUCGCGGAAGCGCCGGCGUCCGGAGUAGGUCUCUGCACGUUGUCAGGUGGCCGGGACCAAGAGAACCAAGAUGUCGACCCAGCAGGCGCCGGAGGAUGGGCAGAGCGGUGGCGACCGCGACGAUUCCUCCCGGGACCUCCGUAGCGUUCUGGUCACCAGCGUGCUCAACCUCGAGCCGCUGGACGAGGAUCUCUUCAGAGGCAGGCAUUACUGGGUACCGACCACCCAGCGGCUCUUUGGGGGUCAGAUCGUGGGCCAGGCCCUGGUGGCUGCUGCCAAGUCUGUGAGUGAAGACGUCCACGUGCACUCCCUGCACUGUUACUUUGUUCGGGCAGGGGACCCAAAGGUGCCGGUGCUGUACCAGGUAGAGCGGACACGAACAGGGGCAAGCUUCUCAGUGCGCUCCGUGAAGGCCGUGCAACACGGCAAGCCCAUCUUCAUCUUCCAAGCCUCCUUCCAGAAGCUGCAGCCCAGCCCUGUCCAGAACCAGUUCUCUAUGCCCAUUGUGCCUGCACCGGAAGAGCUGCUUGACCACGAGGCCCUCAUAGACCAGUAUUUAAGGGACCCUAAUCUCCAAGAGAAGUACCGAGUGGGGCUCAACCGAAUUGCUGCCCAGGAGGUACCCAUUGAGAUCAAGCUGGUAAACCCACCCACCGUGAGUCAGUUGCAGAGAAUGGAGCCCAAACAGAUGUUCUGGGUGCGGGCCCGGGGCUUUAUUGGGGAGGGUGACAUCAAGAUGCACUGCUGUGUGGCCGCAUAUAUCUCGGACUAUGCCUUCCUGGGCACGGCGCUGCUGCCCCACCAGUGGAAGUACAAGGUGCACUUCAUGGCCUCACUGGACCACUCCAUGUGGUUCCAUGCCCCCUUCCGAGCUGACCACUGGAUGCUCUAUGAGUGCGAGAGCCCUUGGGCUGGUGGCUCUCGGGGGCUGGUCCACGGGCGACUGUGGCGUCAGGAUGGGGUGCUGGCUGUAUCCUGUGCCCAGGAAGGUGUUAUCCGAGUAAAACCCAGGGUCUCAGAGAGCAAGCUUUAGCCAGAGGUACCAGCUUAGCCUCAGGCUUCAAGAAUCUCCCUUCUACACCAUCCCAGAGGUGGGAAAUAGUCAAGAGCUUGGGCUUUGGCCUUCACAUCCAAUAAAGAGACUGUGAUACCACUGGA